GAUCCAUGGGCGUCGUCACAGAUAGUAAAGUGAAUCUUUUAGUGUUCUUUUGCCAACGAAAAGUUAAAAAAAUGUGGUUUCUUGUAUAGUGAUUACAAGUACAGCAGAGAGAGAAAAAGGUUACCAAAAUGAACAGCGGGCGUGCGCGCGUUCCGAAAUGUGCGCGGUGUCGAAACCACGGCCUGAUCUCCAGUUUGCGUGGGCACAAGAAGGCCUGUGCUUACAGACUCUGCCAGUGCCCCAAGUGUGGUCUCAUCAAGGAGCGACAGCGGAUCAUGGCAGCCCAGGUGGCGUUGAAACGGCAACAAGCGGCCGAAGACAAGAUUGCGCUCCACUUGGCGUCGGUGGAAACGGGCACAGCGCUGGAGGCUCUGCCCCCCGGCCGUAUCUUCGGCAUGCGGGUCACCAGGCCCUGCCCCAGUCCAGGACUCGAACCCGACUCCAAUGCCGACCAGACUACUAUACACAUCGACAGUGAAACAAGCGACUCCAUGCCAGAGUGCUGCAGUGCAUCUCCUGAUUCAGCAGGCAGCGGCGCGGCCACCUCCUCGCGGCCUGGAUGCAGCGAAGAGGGGGCAGAGGGCGAGGGGGUGAGUACCGCCGGCUUGGAGAUGCUGAGGAAGCUGUUCCCGGGUAAGAAGCGCUCGGUGUUGGAGUUGGUGCUGCGCCGCUGCAACCACGACUUGCUGCGCGCCGUCGAACAUUUCAACGUUACACAUAAUCAUCAGCGAGACAAACCGCCGUCAUCAACCACAACCGCGAGUUUGGAUGCCUCUGUUUCCAGUUCGGAAGAAACCGAGAGCCGUUGGUCAGCGUUCAGACCGGUGGGCCCACGCGCGCCCCUCCUCCCAGCCCUCGUCAUGGGCCGAGUUUGCGGCUCCGAAUGGCUCGUUCCCCUCCCCACCUUACCUGCCCUCUCAACCCCCCUGCUGCUCCCAUUUCAGCAGGCCCCUUGUAAUCCCUGCACACCUGAUUGUAGACAGUGUAAUUCUCAUCAUUAGGAUAAAUUUACACACUUGAUGUAGUGAAUUUAUGAAAAAUAAGGCUCAAUAAGUAUUUUCUAAUAACAAGUAGUAGAUAUCGUUUUUUGUCAUUUACAUUCAUAAGCAGUACGCAGUAGGUAGGUAUAUUUUAUUCCUUGUAUACCUAUGCUUCUUCUUGUUUCUUAAUUCACAUUCAUUCACAUAUAUUGUAAAGAUUUAAAUAAGUAUCUAAUAAAAUAGAAUUGUAC